AUGACAACUCGCCGGGGGGCUGGUUAUCUCAAAAGGGCAGACACAGACCGGUUACAUGAAAUAUUCUUGAAGUACGCAACUGCUGAGAAGAACGGAGAGAAAUGCAUCACUAGUGAAAAUUUUGUUCGAAAUUUCCUAGGAUUAUUUAAUGAAGAUGACUACAACAAGGAAUCUGUGGAGCUCAUCGCGGGCAUCGUGGACAUGGACAAAGACGGGUUCAUCACGUUCUCCGAGUUCCAGGCCUUCGAGGGGCUGCUGUGCGUCCCGGACGCUCUGUACAAGACCGCCUUCCAGCUCUUUGAUACAAACGGCAAUGGACUUGUUGCUUUUGACGAAUUCGCAGAAGUUAUGCGUAAAACUGCAUUGCAUAAAAAACUUCCAUUCAAUAUGGAGAGCACCUUCGUCCGUCUGUACUUUGGCAAAGACAAGAAGCGUCUUGUAACAUAUCCAGAGUUCAGUCAGUUCCUUCACGACUUCCACGAGGAGUAUGGACUAGAAGCUUUUAAGCGAUGUGACAAAGAUGAAACUGGAUUUAUCAGUGCGGGAGAUUUCAGAGAUAUUAUGCUGUCGGUCAAGAAACAUCUAUUAACGAAAGACUUGAUGACAAAAGUUCUGAAUGCUUCUGGUUUCCAAGGUGAACGUAAAAUCAGCUUUCCUUACUACAUGGCUUUUAAUUCCUUAUUAAACAAUAUGGAGCUAAUCAAACGAGUAUAUCUUAACGCGACGAACGGGCAUCGAACCCAAGAAGUAACGAAGGAAGAGUUUCUGCAUUCCGCGCAGAUGAUGUCGCAAAUCACACCACUUGAAGUUGACAUUCUGUUUGCUUUGUGUGACACAAUUCAUCAUACAAAUGGUCGAAUCAUCUAUAAAGACUUAAUUGCAAUUACACCAGAACAAUACUUCAAGCACGUCAAACGUUACGUAACUGAAAUUAAAGCAGUCUCCAGCCCAGAGGAGCGAAGUAUAUUUAUUCAAAUAUUGGAGAGCACGUACAGAUUCACAUUGGGUUCCAUUGCUGGUGCCGUGGGUGCUUCGGCUGUAUACCCCAUCGAUUUAGUAAAGACCCGCAUGCAGAAUCAGCGCACCGGCUCAUUCAUCGGUGAAGUGGCUUAUAGGAAUUCAUGGGAUUGUUUCAAGAAAGUCAUCCGACACGAAGGGUUCUUCGGUUUAUACAGAGGACUGGUGCCGCAAUUAAUUGGUGUUGCACCCGAGAAGGCCAUAAAGUUGACGGUAAACGACCUCGUCCGGGACAAAUUCACAGACAAGAAAGGAAAUAUAUCGAUAUAUGGAGAAAUAUUGGCUGGUGGUUGUGCUGGUGGCUGUCAAGUAAUAUUUACGAAUCCAUUAGAAAUAGUCAAAAUCCGUCUACAAGUGGCAGGAGAAAUUGCUGGUGGACAAAAAGUGCGUGCUUGGUCCGUAGUGAAAGAUUUGGGACUGUUCGGGUUGUACAAGGGUGCUAAGGCAUGCUUGCUAAGGGAUGUACCCUUUAGUGCUAUUUACUUCCCGGCCUAUGCUCAUGUUAAGGCUAAAUUCGCGGACGAGAACGGUUACAACCACCCGCUGACGCUGCUGGCUGCGGGAGCCAUCGCGGGCAUACCCGCUGCCUCGCUCGUCACACCUGCUGACGUCAUCAAGACUAGGCUCCAGGUUGUAGCACGAUCAGGCCAAACAACGUACAAUGGUGUGAUAGACGCCACUAGAAAGAUAUACGCUGAGGAGGGUGCUAGAGCCUUUUGGAAAGGAGCCUUGGCACGCGUGUGCCGAUCUUCCCCACAGUUUGGUGUAACGCUACUAACUUAUGAAGUAUUACAGCGCCUAUUCUAUGUUGACUUCGGUGGAACGCGGCCGAGCGGGUCGGAGCUGCACGUGGCCACGAACGUGGAGGACGCGCCCGCCAAGCCGCAGCACAUCGGCGGCUACCAGGUGGCGCUGCCCGUGCUCACCGGCCUCGAGACCAAGUUCGGCAUCUCGCUGCCGCGCUGGUCCAGCGGCAAGCCGCAGCCGUAG